GAUCGAUCUUUCGCUUCGCCGGCUGUCCAAAAUAACACUGAAUACUCUCCUAGCAAAGUCAAACAACAUGGGUGAAAAUAAAAAUUCUAAUUAAGGAAAUGAUACUUUAAUAAUAAACUAAAUUAGAUGUAUUAUUAUGAAAGAAGCCGUAAAAGCGGCGGGCUUUUUUUUAUAAAAUGGACUUCUCCCUCUCUGUACGGUCUGAGAAUAGGCUCACCGCUUAGAUGGUCUCACCGUCGUUCCUCCGCCGACACCUCCUCACUCUGCUUCUCUUCCCCUUUCUCGCCGGCGGAGAACCCGACCUUAACUCCGACCGCGCCGCCCUGCUCGCCCUCAUCAUCGCCGUUGGCAAGACCUCGCUCCAGUGGAAUGAAACCAACUCCCCAUGUACUUGGCAAGGCGUUGGCUGCCUCCACAAUCGCGUCGUCUUUCUCCGCCUACCCGCCGUCGGUCUAACAGGAGAGAUCCCCGUCGGAACCCUAGGAAAUCUCACUGCCCUCCGAAGCCUAAGCCUCCGCUUCAACAGCCUCUCCGGCCGCCUCCCGCCGGACCUAACCGGCGCCGCGGAGCUCCGCUAUCUCUAUCUUCAGGAUAACCGGUUCUCAAGCGAGAUACCGCCAGUGCUCUUCUCUCUGCAGAACCUAAUUCGUCUCAACCUCGCUGGGAAUGGGUUCACCGGCGGUAUUUCGCCGGAGUUUAAAAAUCUUUCUCGACUCGAAACGCUGUACCUUGAGAGUAAUCAGCUCAUUGGUGGCAUCCCCGAUCUUGAUCUCCCGAAACUGGUACAGUUCAAUGUCUCCUUCAACCGGUUGAACGGCUCCGUACCUUCCAAGCUUUGGAAGAUACCGUCGAGCGCUUUUAUUGGGACGUCGCUCUGCGGUGGUCCGCUGCAUCCGUGCCCCGGCGAGAUCUCACCGGUUUUAGCAUCGGCCGUUGCGGAAAGCGGAAGGGGAAGUACGCUGUCCGGCGGUGCCAUUGCCGGAAUCGUUGUUGGAUUGGUGGCUGUGGUGGUUAUGCUACUGAUUUUUUUGCUGUUCGUGUGCUGUAGGAGCUGUGGGAGCAAUAAUGGGGCGCAGGGGGGAGCGGGGAAACAGCCGGAAAAGGCGGCUAGAAGGAGGAAAGGACGGAAGUCGCCGGCGGCGGAGAAGAGACCGGAGGUUGGGAAGAGAUUGGUGUUUUUUGGGACUGCGGGAGGGCCAGAGUUUGAUUUGGAGGAUUUGCUGCGAGCGUCGGCGGAGGUAUUGGGAAAGGGGACAUUUGGGACUGCGUACAAGGCAGAGCUGGAGCUUGGGACGGUGGUGGUGGUGAAGAGGCUGAGGGAUGUGAGUUUGGCGGAGGAGGAAUUUAGGGAGAAGGUUGAAAAAGUGGGUUACAUGAAGCAUGAGAAUAUUGUGCAGCUCAGGGCUUAUUACUAUAGCAAGAAUGAGAAGCUGCUUGUGUAUGAUUACAUGCCGAUGGGAAGUCUCGCUGCUCUCUUGCACGGAAACAAAACAUCAAGAAGAAACCCCCUUACCUGGGAAACCAGAAUCUCCAUCGCUCUUUCGGUCGCCCGUGCCAUCGAUCACAUCCAUUCGACCAGCCCUACCGCUUCCCACGGCAACAUCAAGUUCUCCAACAUCUUUCUCAACGAAUCCCACACCACUCGUCUCUCUGACAAUGGGAUCGUACCUCUCGUCGUUCCAAGCAGCUCCCGAAACCAUGUUUCCGGCUAUCGCGCUCCGGAACUCGCCGACUCACGCAAGGUCUCUCAGAAGGCGGAUGUAUACAGCUUUGGCAUCGUCCUGCUGGAGCUGCUCACGGGAAAGGCUGCCGAGGAGGGUGACAACCUCCGUAGAAUGGUGGAAUCGAUGCUGCGGGAGGAGUGGUCUACUGAUGUUCUGGAUCUGGAGCUUCUUAGGCAGCAGAAUGUGGAGGAGAUGGUUCAGCUGUUGCAGCUUGCUAUGAACUGCACGGUUCGGAAUCCGGAUAGCAGGCCGUCGAUGAAGGAGGUGAUAGCGCAGAUCGAAGCGAUCGGCUUGUCGAGCAGAGAUGAUGGAGAAGUCCAAGAACAGCAGCAGGUUGUGAAGCGGCAGUGUUUGUGAAAAGUGAUGCUCAAGAGCAUUGCGAAGCUUGUGGGGCAGAUGGUUGAAUCAUUAUUGAAAGUUGAUUUUGUACAGUUAUUAUGAUGAUGGAUGGGUAGAAUUUUCAGGGGAAAUUUACAUAAAUACCAGAGAGUUCUUAUGUAUUUGUAUGUAUAACAAUUAAAGUUUGAAAGUUUGAUAUCUAUAUCCUGUCACG